AGACAGAGAGGGACAGAGCAUGAACAGGGGAGGGUCAGAGAGAGAGGGAGACACAGAAUCGGAAAUAGGCUCCAGGCUCUGAGCUGUCAGCACAGAGCCCGACGUGGAGCUCGAACUCACGGACCGUGAGAUCAUGACCUGAGCCGAAGUCGGACGCUUAACCGACUGAGCCACCCAGGCGCCCCUAUGUUUAUUCAUUUUUGAAAGAUAGAGACAGAGCACAAGCAGGGGUGGGACAGAGAGAAAGGGGGACACAGAAUCUGAAGCAGGCUCCAAGCUCCGAGCUCUCAGCACCAGAGCCCGACGCGGGGCUCAAACUCACGAACCACGAGAUCAUGACCUGAGCCGAAGUCGGACACUCAGCCGACUGAGCCACCCAGGCGCCCCACAAAAUACUUUUUAUUAUCACCUACCUUUAUUUCUCCUUUCUGUUACAGUGAGAAAAUUAUAUAGAGUUGUGGUCACUUUUGCCAUGCAUGAUGUAGGGACAUUACCCAUGCAUUUCCUUCCCAGGUAGUCCUGGGGGCUUGACCCUGAAAGGGUUGAGAACUGGUGUAACCAUGAUCGUUUCAAAUGCUGGUGGUGAGGAGGGAACACUAAAACCUCCCCAGGAUAUUUUUUAAGUCUCCUCCCCACCUCUCCUAUCCUACUUUCCAAAGCAUGAAACAGGGGAUCUGCACGGGAGUUUCUUGCGGGGGAGGGGUCCAGAACGUGGCUCCCCAGUUAAUGGGUGAUGGAAUUUGCACAAGAGCUGGGCAAAGGUGAAAGGGCCUGUCCUGCCCCAAAUCCCUCAUCCCUUCGCUCCGCUUCACUGAUGCCUCCACCCCCUCCCCACUCCAGGCAGCUAACUUCCUCCAAACUCCGACCUCUUACUCUCUCUACUUAACUCUGGCCCAGGGCAGCCAAGACAAGAAGAAAGGCAGUCAGCAUGAGCCGAUCACACCCCCAUCCCGUCCAACUCCAGUCUAUGGGCCCCCAGGAUGCCCUGGCCACACUGCCGCCACCACCACUCCCACCGCAGCCUGCUGUCCAAAAUCCCUCCUCUCACCCUUGGGCCUCUCAGGGUGGGCCUCCUCCCUGGGGCCUCAGCUGUCUUCUGGCUCUGCAGCAUAUCUUGGUGCUGGCUUCUCUGCUCUGUGUCUCCCACUUGCUCCUGCUUCAAAAUCUCCCCCAAGGAGAGCUCUCAUAUUCCCCUGCCCAACUCCUGGCCUCCAGCCUCUUUUCGUGUGGUGUGUCUACCACCCUGCAAAUUUGGAUAGGCAGCAGGCUGCCUCUUGUCCAGGCUCCGUCCUUAGAGUUCCUCGUCCCUGCUCUGGUGCUGACCAGCCAGAAGCUACCUCUGGCCAUCCGGACACCUGGAAACUGUGAGCACAGAGCAAGGGCACAGGCCUCCCUUGUGCUGCGCCUGUGUGGGGGGCCUGGCUGCCAUGGCCUGGCGCUCCGGAACACUUCUCUCCGAGAGGUGUCCGGGGCUGUGGUGGUAUCCGGGGUGCUGCAGGGCACGCUGGGGCUGUUGGGGAGUCCCGGCCAUUUGUUCUCCCACUGUGGGCCCCUGGUGCUGGCCCCCAGCCUGGUGGUGGCAGGGUUCUCUGCCCACAGGGAGGUGUCCCUUUUCUGCUCUACUCACUGGGGACUGGCCUUGCUGCUUAUCCUGGUCAUGGUGAUCUGUUCUCAGCACCUGGGCUCCUGCCAGUUACCUCGGUGCCCCUGGAGGCCAGCUUCAGCCUCCUCGCCUCACACUCACAUUCCUGUCUUCCGGCUCCUCUCGGUGCUGAUACCGGUGGCCUGUGUGUGGAUCAUCUCUGCCCUUCUGGGGCUGAGCGCCAUCCCCCCGGAGCUGUCUGCCUCCCCCAAGGCACCAUGGAUUUGGCUGCCUCACCCAGGUGAGUGGGACUGGCCCUUGCUGACACCCAGGGCUGUGGCUGCAGGCAUCUCCAUGGCUUUGGCAGCCUCCACCAGCUCCCUGGGCUGCUAUGCCCUGUGUGGCCGGCUCCUGCAAUUGCCUUCCCCACCUCCACAUGCCUGCAAUCGAGGGCUGAGCCUGGAGGGUCUGGGCAGUGUGCUGGCCGGGCUGUUGGGGAGCCCUCUGGGCACUGCAUCCAGCUUCCCCAACGUGGGCACAGUGAGUCUUAUCCAGGCUGGAUCUCGGCGAGUGGCCCAUCUGGUGGGACUGCUCUGCGUGGGGCUUGGGCUCUCCCCGAGGCUGGCCCAACUCCUCACCACCAUCCCGCUGCCUGUACUUGGUGGGAUGCUUGGGGUGACCCAGGCCGUGGUUCUGUCUACUGGAUUCUCCAGCUUCCACCUGGCUGACAUUGACUCUGGGCGGAACGUCUUCAUUGUUGGCUUCUCCGUCUUCAUGGCCCUGCUGCUUCCGAGAUGGCUUCAGGAAGCCCCUGUGCUGAGCACAGGCUGGAGCCCCUUGGAUGUAUUACUGCGCUCGCUGCUCACAGAGCCCAUCUUCCUGGCAGGACUCUUGGGUUUCCUCUUAGAGAACACCAUUCCUGGCACAAGGCUUGAGCGAGGCCUAGGUCAAGGGCUGCCAUCUCCUUUCUCUACCCAAGAGGCUCAGGUGCCUCAGAAAUCCAGGGAGAAGGCUGCUAAAGAGUACCAACUUCCUUUCCCCACCCAAAAUUGGUCUCCCUGUAUCCCCCAGCCCUUCCGUUGCCUCUGCCCUCUGCCUGAAGACCCUAGGAAUGAGGAAGGAGGGGCCUGUGAGCCAGGAGAGACAGCAGACUUGUUGCUUGGCUUUGGGGAGCAGUGUCCUGAGUCUAGCAGAGAACUUAGGUCCCAGUGAUUACCAGGACUCCUGCCCCUGUCCUGGUUAGUUUAGCCCUAUCUCCCAGCUUGCUGUGAGAGUCAGCUCACAGGCUCUAAUUUCUCCUAGGAAGAAGGUGUGUGUGUGUGUGUGUGUGUGUGAGAAAUGGACCCACCUAAAGGUCUCACUUCCCAAUAGGUGUGUUGCCUUUCCUUCUCUUAAUUAGGCCUAACUGUUCCCGGCAGGGGCCAUGGUUUAGUGGACCAUGAAUGAAUGAAUGAGAUUUUGUAUGUGAACUAUCUAUAGUCGAACCCCAGCAUUCACUUAACAAAUAUUUAUUGAGGGCCUCCCAUGUGCAAGGUCUUGGAACUACAGAUAUGGAGAACACAGGGUCCCUGCCUUCUUAAGGUACCUACCAUUUAAAAAGCCUUAUGUAGGGGCACCUGGGUGGCUCAGUCGGAUAAGUGUCCAACUCUUGACUUUGGCUCAGGCACCGUGUAGGGCUCCGUGCUGAGCGUGGAGCCUGCUUGGGAUUCUCUCUCUCUGCCUCUCCCCCUGCUUGUGUGCUCUCUCUAAAUAAAUAAACAUUAAAAAAAAAAAAGACCUAUGUAAUUAUUAAUUAAAAUCCAAGCCAGAAGGCAGUCUGUAUUAAAGAUUAAAACAAUGCUAUGGGAGCAAAAGAGAAGAAACAGUUAAUUCUGAUUGUGGAUCGUGGCAAAGGCCUUAUGGAAGAUGCAGCACUGAGGCUGGCCUUGACGAGAAGACUCUGGUUGUGGAAAGCGGAUGGGGAGAAUAUGUCAGGCUCAGGCAUGCAGCUGAAGCAAAACCGUAAACUGUACAAAGUACAAGAUGAGUUGAGGGAUUUCAAGUUUCUCCGUGGUGAUGGAGCAGAAGUAUGGGGGUAAAAAUGGAAGGAGAAAUGAGACAGGAGAGGUAAAGGAUGAGGUCAGACCAUGGGAUUUAUGCAUGGAAGAAUCAUCUCUGAAACAACUUGAGUGCU